CGAGGGCCAGAUGGCGCGAAAGCCUGUUACCUUUCCUCUCCCUCUCCUCAUCGCCUUCAUCUUCCCCUCCCUUCUCCUCCUCAUCGCCGGCCGAUGCGCCGAUGGCCGCCCUAUAUCGCCGCUGGCAGAGGAAGAAGCGUUCGAUCUGCCCAUCUCCGACGGAUUCUCUGGCCGCACCGACGCGGCUUACGAGUAUGGCCCUUUUCUUGUCCUCCCUCGGGGGAGCGCCACGGAGUCGUGUGAGCCCACGUACGGGUUCCUUCCUUGCACCACCACGGUCGUCGGAAACUUGUUCCUCGUGUUGGUGUACGGGUUCUUGAUGUUUAAGGCGGCGACGUACCUCUCGUCCGGGAGCGAGCUGCUGCUCCAGAUCUUGGGCCCUGGGAUCGUGGGCGGUCUCUUCCUCCCGAUUCUUGGGGCUCUUCCCGACGCCAUGCUUAUUCUUGUAUCUGGUCUAUCUGGGAGCAAAGAAACUGCUCAAAGUCAAGUCUUGAUUGGAAUGGGUUUGCUUGCUGGAUCAACUGUGAUGCUUUUAACCUUACUCUGGGGUUCUUGUGUUGUUGUUGGGAAAUGCGAUCUUUCUGAUAGUUCUACUUCGGUAGAUUUACAAGAUACCAGAGGUUUCAGUCUGUUUGCAUCUGGUAUUUCUACUGAUGUUCAAACGAGCUAUGCUGCAAGGAUCAUGGCUAUAUCUGUUGUUCCAUUUAUUAUUGUGCAACUACCAAGAAUUUUCAAGUUUCCUUCUGGACAACGUUUAGCAGUCUUGGUUGCACUCAUUGUUGCAAUUGCACUUUUGCUGUCUUACUGCUUGUAUCAGGUCUUGCAGCCAUGGAUUCAGAGGAGAAGACUGGAGUUUGCUAAGCAUAGGCUUGUGAUGUCAGGAAUUCUAAAACAUGUUCAUACGCAAUCCCUUGGACAUCUGAUGGAUGACAAUGGAAAGCCGAAUUCACAUGUCAUCAAAAAGCUGUUCCAUAAAGUAGAUCUGGAUAAAAAUCAAUCAAUAUCACGUUCUGAGUUGAGAGCACUUAUCAUAGGACUUAAGAUGGGUGAAAUAGAUUUGGAUAAGGACGGCGCUGUAGAUAAAGUGAUGAAUGAGUUUGAUACAUCACGUGAUGACAAUAUUCAAGAAGAAGAGUUUAUUGAGGGUAUCUCGAAAUGGAUUGAUGAGGCAUACCGGUCUGUCGCAUUUUCUGGUUCUUACUCACAGAAGUUGCAUCAUUUCCACGUGAAAGCAAGGAAUGAACACAAUAUGCUUCAUGAUCAGAGUGAGGAAGCUGCGGAUGGUACUGAAAGUCCAGCAUGGAUAUGCUUUAAAGCAAUUCUGCUUUUGGUUCUUGGAACUUUUAUUGCAGCUGUUUUCGCAGAUCCUCUUGUAGAUGCUGUUGAUAAUUUCUCAAGUGCUACAAAGAUACCUUCCUUUUUCAUAUCUUUCAUUGCCAUGCCAUUGGCGACCAACUCCAGCGAGGCCGUCUCAGCAAUUAUUUUUGCCAGCCGCAAGAAGCAAAGAACUGCCUCACUCACAUUUUCCGAGAUAUAUGGUGGGGCGACGAUGAACAACGUUCUGUGUCUGGCCGUGUUUCUGUCCCUCGUCUACGUGAGACACUUGACGUGGGACUUCUCGGCUGAGGUGCUGGUCAUUCUCGUUGUUUGCAUUGUGAUGGGCAUCUUCACCAGCCUACGUACCACAUUCCCCCUGUGGACGUGCUUUGUUGCCUUCUUGUUGUAUCCGCUCUCGCUGGUUCUCGUUUAUGUGCUGGACUUCGUCUUUGGGUGGUCUUAGAUUUUCAUAUUUAUUACCUAAGGCCUGGCAUAUACCGGUGUUUGUAUUUGGUUAAAAUCUGGCAGCUAUUACCGAGUGUUUUAUUUUUUUUUCUUGUCUC